AUGGAGGCCCAUACACAUAACCUCGAUAGCGGAUGGUCCUGGAAAGAGCGCGACUUUGGAGUAGCAUCUGUGCUUGAUGAGGUGCCAUCGCGAGCAACACCGGAAGCUCUUCCUUCUACUUGGGCAUCCGCGCAAGCGUUUCCAUCUGAAGUCCACGUAGAAUUGUUGAAGGCAGAACGUAUCCCAGAUCCAUUCAUUGGAUUCAAUGAACACAAAGUGCAAUGGAUUGCGGAGAGGGAAUGGCUAUGGCUCUCCAGUUUUCCGUUUUCUUCACGCGGGGAUAACGGGAAGGUCGAGCUGUGUUUUGAGGGGCUUGACACCUUUUGCGACGUGUAUCUGAAUAACAGAAAAAUUCUGGCUGCCGAUAAUAUGUUCCGGUCAUUUAUUGUCCCUCUAGACGUUACCACACUGCAGGAUCAGAAUAACCAACUGCUUCUGCACUUCAAAUCCGCGAAGAAAAUCGCGAAAGACCUCGAGGAGAAAUAUGGACGCGUUCGUGCAGGCUCCACGAACCUCGGGGACCCCAGCCGCGUGUACGUUCGUAAGGCACAAUACGGGUGGAGGUGGGAUUGGGGUCCUGAGCUAAUGACUUGUGGGCCGUACCGGCCCGUCAGCUUAAUCACCUAUGCCGCUCGCUUUUCGUCUGUCUACCCUCGCGCCAUUGUAUCCCAUGCUCCAGUUCUUUCGCCUUUACUGAAAGUGGACAUCGCGCUGGCUGGUGUGCUCACUGCUCCAGAAUCAGCUCGUUUUAUUCUCCGGAACUCACGAAACAAGACUGUCAUACGAGAGGAGGAUGUCCCACUGAGUAUUUCGUACCAUGAUCGCGAGAAGUUGGAGAUCAACGAUGCGAUUAGCUGGGACUUGCGUGAUUUGGUAGAGCUCUGGUGGCCGGUAGGCUACGGGAAACAGACUCUAUACGAGAUGGAGGUUGUGCUUCUCACGCAGGACUCAAACGUCUUGGACAGGCAGAUUCAGCGAAUCGGGUUCCGCAGGGUAGAGCUCGUGCAGGAACCUCUCCGGGAACCUGAUCAGUAUGGCCAGGGAAGUACGUUCCUCUUCGAGGUAAACGGGGUCCGCAUGUUCAUGGGAGGAUCGAACUGGAUUCCCGCUGAUAGUUUCCUGACUGAGCUUACCCCCGAGCGAUACCGGGCAUGGUUAACUCUCAUGCGGGAUGGAAAUCAGAACAUGGUUCGCCUGUGGGGCGGCGGCGUGUACGAGCCGGAUAUAUUCUACGACAUCUGCGACGAGCUGGGUCUUCUUGUCUGGCAAGACUUCCAGUUCGCGUGUGGCGUGUAUCCGGCGCACGAUGCGUUUGUCGCAAGUGUCAAGGCCGAGGCGGAAGACAAUGUGAAACGCCUCAGGCAUCAUCCAUCUAUCGCGUUGUUUUGCGGGAACAACGAAGAUUAUCAACAAGUGCUGCAGUGGGGUGGGAUUGGAGAGUUACCAGCACGUCUUAUAUACGAAUCAGUUCUACCUGCCGUAGUCUCUGAGCUGACCGACCCCGCGAUACCAUAUCAUCGUGGGUCACCGUACGGUGGGAAAGGAUGGGACACGGCGGAUCCUACGGUUGGCGAUAUUCACCAAUGGGAUGUGUGGGCUGGCAGAGAGCGGCCAUGGCAGGAGUACGGACAAAUGGGUGGACGCUUUGUCAGGCGAGUGCUAAUCCGACUCCUGGAGAGUCAUCUAGUUGAUGAGUGCUCCUUGCUCCCUAGUGAAUUCGGCAUACCUUCUAUACCUGAUAUUCGAACAGUAAACUACUGGCUAGCGGAAAACGAGGAUCAACGAUGGGCACAAUCCAAGUUGAUGGCGCAGCAUAAUCGGGCAGGAAAUCACGAACGACGUUUUGCAAUUGUGAUGAAUGAGAACUUCCGGCUCACGGGUGACCUUGAGACGUUCGCACAUCUAUAA